UAGCUACCUAAUAAUGUGAAAGUGUUAAGACGCAGUACAUGAGAGUUAGGCACAGAAGAGUACAUUCCUAUUGGGAUCUUCUAGUCUCUUACUUGUUUACUUCUCUUAUUUUUUCUUGCUGUUAGAGGGAAAUUGAGGCAGGGGUAUCUCCACAGAGGUUUUAGAAACCACAGUGAACAUGGAGGCUCUUGCACUGAUUUCACAAUUUUAAAUAUUUGCAGUUGGUUAACAAUUAAAUACAAGCAGCAGACUGAGGCUGGGAAGAAUUCUAGAGAAAGGAAAUCUUCUAAGUGCACAGACAACUGUCCACUAUGAAAUUAUUAUUAGCUCUUGGGUUUAGUUUAUGCCUAUCACUUCGCAUUUGGGGAGAAAAGAACAAAUCGUACCUGAUAGAAGACUGUGUAAGCCAAAGGUAUACUCAAAAUUCUUGCGAGAAGGUUCACUGCCAGCCGUGGCAGAGGUGUGUGAGAGGCUCCUGUUCGUGUAAGCUACCCUAUCAGUGCCCCAAAAAUGCCUCUUUGGUUUGUUCUACUGAGAAGAUGAAGUUCCCAAAUUACUGUUCUCUAAAGAGCUUUGAAUGUCGACAUCAAAGGAGCAAAUUUCUGAACAGAGGGAGUUGUAACCAGCAAGACAGCUUUCAAACUUUCUUGGACACUGGAAACACAUCAUCAGAGGAAAUUGGAUAUAAACCAUCAGAGGGAAUUGUUCAAGUCAAAGUGAAUCAGUCCCAUAAGACAUUUAUAUGUGGGCAUGGAUGGAGUAUUCAUGAAGCAAACGUGGCCUGCAGAGAUCUUGGCUAUUCACAUGGUGCUGAUUCCACAGAGCUGGUUGACCUAGACAAUGCCUCGUACCCAUUGGAAUGCCUUACAGCAACCUGCAGAGGGAUAGAAACCACACUAGCGGAAUGCGCAUUAACUACAUUGAAUCUGGCUGAUCAGAAGGUGGCCAAGGUGAUAUGCCACACGCUGAAGAGAGUGUGCUCCGGCAGAGAAUUCCCUUGUGUCAAUGGAAAAUGUAUCCCUUCAGAGAAAACAUGUAAUGGAAUCAAUGACUGUGGAGACUUAAGUGAUGAAGUGUGUUGCAAAGGAUGCCAGGCAGGCAGCUUCCAUUGUCGCUCAGAUGUGUGUAUUCCAGAGACAUACCGCUGUAAUAAUGAAAUAGACUGCCUAACAGGAGAAGAUGAAAAUCGCCGGUAUUGUAAUAGAAGACGUGAGCAAAAUGAAAGAGGUGAUGAAAUACAUGAGGAAAAUAAAACAGAAGUAAUAGAAAAAACUGAAGAGUCCAUGGAUGAAGAAAGAAAAAAGAUGAAAGCACUUUUACCUCACCUACACUGUGGCAUUGCAAACCGCACGAUUACUCGUCGGAAGCGAAUUCUAGGCGGAUAUACGGCAGGAAAGGAUGAAUUUCCAUGGCAAGUGGCAAUUAGAAGUGAAAAUCAAAGAGUGAACUGUGGUGGGGUUUAUAUUGGAGGCUGUUGGAUUUUGACUGCUGCACACUGUGUGAGAAUGAGCCAUAUGCAUCUGUAUAGGAUAUGGACCGGCCUGUUAAACACGGUGGCAAUGAAUACAGGAAUAGAAACGUUUCUUAUAAAUAAAAUGAUAAUCCAUGAGAACUAUGAUUCCAGAACGUAUGAAAAUGACAUUGCUUUGCUUCAGCUGAAACCAAAGGACAGAAUAAAUCUAACAUGUUCUCCACCUGGCUCUGUGCCAGUAUGCAUUCCCUGGUCAAAAUAUAUGUUCAGAAAUGGUUAUCGGUGCAAAGUGUCUGGCUGGGGACUUGAUGAAGGUUUUACAAAACAGUAUGCCCUUAAAUGGGGUUACAUUUCUAUAAUGGAAAACUGUUCUGAUAUCUACAAGGAACGGUAUUUUGAAGGAAUGGAAUGUGCAGGUACGAACGAUGGCUCUGUAGAUUCCUGUAAAGGUGACUCAGGAGGACCUAUGGUUUGUUUUGACUCUAAUGAUGUGGGAUAUCUUUGGGGUAUUGUGAGCUGGGGUGAAAACUGUGGUGAAAAAGGACGCCCUGGAGUUUAUACAAAAGUAGUCCAUUAUUUUGAUUGGAUAAGCCGCCAUACUCGAAUGAAUUUCAUUUCUUGAGAGAAUGAGUGAUUAUAAUAACAAAAUAUAAAGAUUGGCUAGAAAACUAGGGGUUCAAUCCAGCCAAAUUUAAGCAUUUCAAACCCCAUAAGUCUCAAUGGGAGAGAUGUAUAGUGCAGUCCUAAGAACUAUUCUUUAAAAGUAAUUUGUGGUGAGUUCAAUGGGGCUUUCCCUCCAAUAAAGUGUAUAUAGGAUUGGAGCUUUACGCCUUUUGCAUUUCAAUAUUUUUAAAAAUUCUGUCAGCCUUCUGUAACCAUCCAUUACAUGUUUUCUUGAACUCACACUGUAUAUUCAAAUAAAAAUGA